ACCACAAGGAGGUGGAGAUGUGGAGGUCCUGCCCCUCACUCGGUCCUCCAUAUGAGAAGGCCCAGGGAAUGUGGGUCACUUUAUCCUGAUUCUCUCCUGACUCCUUAGUACCCGAGGAUUCCUCUACGGGGCCUCCUCUCCUGCCUGAUGGCUCUGCUUAUCUCACUUCCUGGAAGGAUUCUGGACAUGACCUGGGUCCUGUUUCUGCUGCUGCCAGCAGCCUGCCUGCAAGCUGGAAACCCAGCAGGAUUCUACAGAAAAAGAGACUUUGGGGUCAUCCAACCAGCACGCCUCUCUGGUGUCCAGGGCAGCUCCAUCGAGAUUCCCUUCUCUUUCUACUUCCCUUGGGAGUUGGCAAAGGAUCCACAGAUGAGGAUUCUCUGGAGAUGGAAGGACUUCCAUGGGGAAUUUAUCUACAACUCUUCUUUCAUCCAUAAACAUUUCAUCCAUAAACAUUUCAUCCAUGAGCAUUUCAAGGGCCGGCUCACCCUGAACUGGACACAGCCUCAGACAUCCGGAGUCCUCAAAAUCCUGAACUUGACGAAGGAGGACCUGAACACAUACUUCUGCCGAGUUCAUCUGAAAGCAGGAAAUCUCAAGGAGAUGUGGCAGUCGAUUAGUGGGACCCGACUCACCAUCACCCGUGGUAAGCACAUCACAGGUCAGCCCUGGUGGCCCUGA